UUCCUGACACAUGCUGCACCACCGGAGGAGAGGGAGGCGGGGGGGAGGAGGAGAGGGAGGAGGAGAGGGAGGAGGAGAGGGAGGAGGAGAGGGAGGAGGAGAGGGAGGAGGAGAGGGAGGAGGAGAGGGAGGAGGAGGGGAGGAGGAGAGGGAGGAGGAGAGGGAGGAGGAGAGGGAGGAGGAGAGGGAGGAGGGGAGGGAGGAGGAGAGGGAGGAGGAGAGGGAGGAGGGGAGGGAGGAGUGGGAGGAGGGGAGGGAGGAGGAGAGGGAAGAGGAGAGGGCGGAGGAGAGGGAGGAGGAGUGGGAGGAGGAGUGGGAGGAGGAGAGAGAGGAGAGGGAGGAGGAGAGGGAGGAGGAGUGGGAGGAGGAGAGGGAGGAGGAGAGGGAGGAGGAGAGGGAGGAGGAGAGGGAGGAGGAGAGGGAGGAGGAGAGGGAGGAGGAGAGGGAGGAGGGGAGGGAGGAGGAGAGGGAGGAGGAGUCGGAGGAGAGGAGGGAGGAGGAGAGGGAGGAGGAGAGGAAGGAGGAGAGGGAGGAGGAGUGGGAGGAGGAGAGGGAGGAGGAGUGGGAGGCAGAGAGGGCGGAGGAGAGGGAGGAGGAGAGGGAGGAGGAGAGGGAGGAGGAAAGGGAGGAGGAGGAGAGGGAGGAGGAGAGGGAGGAGGAGAGGGAGGAGGAGUGGGAGGCAGAGAGGGCGGAGGAGAGGGAGGAGGAGAGGGAGGAGGAGAGGGAGGAGGAGGAGAGGGAGGAGGAGAGGGAGGAGGAGAGGGAGGAGAGGGAGGAGGAGAGGGAGGAGGAGAGGGAGGAGGAGUGGGAGGCAGAGAGGGCGGAGGAGAGGGAGGAGGAGAGGGAGGAGGAGAGGGAGGAGGAGGAGGAGGAGAGAGUGAAGGACCGGGUGGAGGUGACCUUUGAGUCAACUCAGAAGGAGGAGGAUGAGGAGAGGGGACAUGUGCAUCACACCUAACGACCAACCAACCUACCUGUGCAGU